CUUGAAUUAACUUCAUUACAUUCCCUCCUUAGCUUCUCAUCAAUUCUUUUUCUUCGCUUCCCAUCGUUUUUGUUUACUUGCUUACUUUCUUUAGGCUCUACAGCACACCUGUAUGAUAAAAAGAGCUAAAUAGAGAUACGCGAUGGAUAGUCACCAAACGCAGAGCAUUUAUCCGCACGUUCCACCGCCUCCUAUCUCUGCAAGAAGUUACUCAAUUGAACCCUCCGCUCCACCUUCUGCUCCACCUUCUGCUCCACCUUCUGCUCCACCUUCUACUCCACCCUCUGCUCCUCUGCUACUAUCAUCACACUCUUUACGCCCAUCACACACAUCCUUCGCUCCGUAUCCAGAUUUAGCUUACUCUCCUUCUGCUCCUCCUCCGCCUCCAUCUUCCAUUUCACCGCUAUCUCAGCCGACAUGGUGCACGUCAAUAUAUAGCCCGACAGAUGGCGAUAGUCAGCCUGAGCAGCUCUAUCCCACAGAACCUUCUGUAUCCUAUCCAGUUUUGGAACAGACAUAUAAUAUACCGCAUGAGCAGAAGCAAAGCAGUGCCCAACAGCUCAGCCUAGACGUUGAAGCUCUUCGUAUUCAGGCGAAUCUGUCCGCCCAGCAUUUACGACAACAAUAUGAAAAUGAACAAUUGAAUGGGCUAUCCCAAAGGCUACUACAGUUUGAGGAGUCCUUAACUGUUGAUACGACGGAUGAUGAUUUAGAUGCGUUUUUCAGCCAUAUGCAGUCUUAUGAGAAGGCGCAUGAGUCUGUGCAGCAAUCCAAACUUACAAUAUUUAACCUUCAACAAAAAGCUAAAGGAUAUGCAAGUAGACUCUGGAAAGUUGAAACAAAGUCAGAGGUCGCAAAAGCCACAUGUGGUGAUGGAAACAUCAUCUCACACAACUAUAGCUAUCAGCAUGGGCAUCAUGAACCGGAGGUGGCCAUGAAACUUAAAAAGUCCCUCGCUCGCCUUUAUAAACAACGAACAAAGAGUCUAGUACAAAUGCAAUAUGAGGAAACAUCAUGUCGGCUUUGGAUCGAAGACCACCUUGCGGCUUUUUUGAGUAAUAUUUCAUGGAUAAUGAAUAGGAAUCAAAGACAGGAGGAGAUAGGCAAAGUACCUUGGAUAGGAACACCCCCUAAUAAGCAAGACUUGGAGCGAGUGAGGAACUAUCUCGAUAUUCUCUUCCAAUUUGAAAGAUCUGCUCGAAGGCAGCCAGAUUUUAAAGCGGAAGUCGAUGAACGGAAAACUGAUGCGGCUCUCCCAGAGUCACCAUUGUUUUCAUCGACAUCAUCGAAUGCGCAGGAACCGACUGUUGCAUCCACAAACUCAAUCCUUCAAUCCAUUCAGCACUGGAUAUCUCUUCUCGCAGCUACCUUUUUGCACUAUGGUGGUAUCAUCGAAUAUGAGUAUUUAACCGUGCAGGUACUCCGAACACGUCAGGUAUCAAACUGGGCUGCAACUUUUGUGCAAUGCGGGAUACCAAUAACCUGGUCAAAGACAUACCAGGACUUUUACAUUACUCAGGUGGAGCUAGUAUUGACUGGCUCAUUAAUGCGUAAACAUAAACUCAAGGAGUCACCACAAAGCUGUCUUUCAGGACCUUUAAUUGAACUCGGAUUGCAUUUGGAAGAAGACGACUAUCUGGCUCUUUUAGACCAAAUGGACUUGCCAUUAUUUUUCAAUCGCCUUCUACAAGAACAAAAGGAAAUUUACUCCAAUGACGGCUCGAUCCUACGGCGAGAGCUCUCAGAACGUGCUGCGUUGCGACUAUUGAGUACAACCCGCCACUUGUUUGACGUUAUCAUACAUGCGCUACGACGACUGACAGCUUUCACUAUGGUUGCAAAGCGUUUAUCCCAAUUACUCUGUCAAUUGGCCCAGAUCCUGGGCGACCACUUGUUGAUCCUUGGACCUUCAUCUGAGCGUGACCAUAGUAAGGCAAGCGCUAGUAUUAAGCUAAGCGUGUAAGUAAUUUCGUUCAGGUUCGAAUACUCCAUGAAGUUAUGGCUUGAUCAGAGCUUCAUAUUAUUGUAUUAACUGCGUGGCUAUCAAUGAAACUAG